CCCCAACGUUUGCGCCGUGCAGAAGCUGAUUGGCACGAACAGGAAAUACUUCACCAACUGCAAGCAGUGGUACCAGAGGAAGAUCUGUGGAAAGGCAACAGUAAUCAGUUACGAGUGCUGUCCUGGAUAUGAAAAAGUUCCUGGAGAAAAAGGCUGCCCAGCUGCGCUGCCGCUUUCAAACAUCUAUGAGACCCUGGGAGUUGUUGGGUCUGCCACCACGCAGCUCUACUCUGACCGGUCAAACCUAAGGCCAGAAAUUGAAGGACCUGGAAGUUUUACAAUUUUUGCUCCCAGUAAUGAAGCCUGGGCAUCCUUGUCUGCUGAAACCCUGGAUUCCUUAGUCAGUAAUGUUAAUAUUGAGCUGCUCAACGCCCUCCGCUACCACAUGGUGAACAAACGGGUCCUCACGGAUGAUCUGAAACACGGGACAACGCUUAACUCAAUGUACCAGGACCUGCCUAUCCAGAUUCACCACUAUCCCAAUGGGAUUGUGACUGUGAACUGUGCCAGGCUCUUGAAAGCUGACCACCAUGCCACCAACGGAGUGGUUCAUGUCAUCGACAAAGUCAUUGCCACCACUACAAACAGCAUUCAGCAGAUCAUUGAGACUGAGGAAAGCCUGGAGACCCUUCGGGCUGCUGUGGCUGCUUCUGACCUCAACAGCUUGCUGGAAAGCAAAGGCCAGUACACACUCUUGGCUCCAACCAACGAAGCCUUUGAGAAGAUCCCACGAGAAACACUGAACAGGAUUCUGGGGGACCCAGAAGCCCUGAGGGGUGAGUGCUUGUUUAACCAUCACAUCCUGAAGUCAGCCAUGUGUGCUGAGGCCAUCAUUGCUGGUCUGACGAUGGAGACUCUGGAAGGAACAACCUUGGAUGUGGGCUGCAGUGGGGAAGAGCUGACCCUCAACGGGAAGCCCAUCAUUGCCAACAAAGAUGUCUUGGCAACCAAUGGUGUUGUACAUUUUGUUAAUGAGCUGCUGAUCCCAGACUCAGCUAAGACCCUGUUUGAGUUGGCACAAGAAUCUGAAGUUUCCAAGUCUAUGGACCUUUUCAGACAAGCUGGUCUCAGUUCUCAUCUAACUGGCAGUGAGCAAGUGACCCUCCUUGCGCCAGUGAAUGAGGUGUUCAAAGAUGGACUCCCCGUUGUUGAUAACAACAUGAAAAACUUACUUCUGAACCACAUUGUUAGAGACCAGCUGUCCUCUAAAUAUCUUUACCAUGGGCAGAAACUACCGACUCUGGGUGACAAGGAGCUGAGAGUUUUUGUGUACCGCAAUAACCUUUGCAUUGAAAAUGCCUGCAUUGCUGCCCAUGACAAGAGAGGAAGGUUUGGGACCCUGUUUAGCAUGGACAAAAUGUUGACUCCACCAUCUGGCUCAGUGAUGGAUGUUCUCAAGGCAGACCAUCGUUUCAGUACGUUGGUGGCUGCAAUCCAGUCUGCGGGUCUAACGGAGAACUUGAACAGGCCAGGUACCUUCACAGUGUUUGCUCCAACAAAUGAAGCUUUCCGAGCCAUGCCCCAAGGGGAACUGAACAAACUAAUGGGUAAUGCCAAGGAGCUUGCCAACAUCCUCAAGUUCCACGUGGCUGAUGAGAUCCUGGUGAGCGGAGCAGUCGGUGCCCUUGUGAGGCUGAAGUCCAUGCAAGGAGAUAAACUGGAAGUCAGCAUGAAAAACAACGUAAUACAUAUCAACAAGGAGCCUGUUGCUGAAAGUGAUAUCAUGGCCACAAAUGGUGUGAUUUAUGCAGUGAACUCUGUCUUACAGCCUCAGGCUUCAAGGCCUCAAGAAAGAGGUGAUGAGCCUGCAGAUCCCGCAUUAGAAAUCUUCAAACAGGCGUCGGCAUUAUCCAAGGUUUCUCAGAGGAAUCCGCGACUAGCACCCGUCUACUCCCGGUUACUAGCGAGGAUGAAGGAGAACUCAGGUGGAUUCUGA